AUGACUCAGCUUUUAGAAAAAAAGAACGGAGAUGUCGAGUCACUGCUUCAGAAAGAAGCUGCUUCUCUUGAUAAAACAGGGUCCACUGGGUCUGGUGUUGAAAGCGAGACUCAGUUCGACCACCAGAAAACCAGUAAAGAACUGGUAGGUGGUGAUGGUGGUGGUCUGGAGAACGGUCUGGAUCACAGACUGGAACACGGAAUGGAUAGCAAUUUAGAUUCAGAUCCUCAUGGACUAGAUCAUGAACCAGAUGGGGGCGAUUCUUCAGAGGGUGGUGAUGAAGGUUCAAACGGUCCUGAAUCACACAGACCUAAUAUAUCAUACUCUAGAGAAUAUCUGCUGAUCCUGGUGAUUAUAUCAGCACAACUUAUGACCCAGGCGUCAGUUGCUCAGGGUCUGUCGAUUGGUCGAGAGAUCGGUCUUCAUUUUAAUACCACUGAUGCUGGUCAAUUAAGUUGGUAUGUGGCAGGAUUCUCGCUGACUGCCGGUACAUUCAUUGUCAGUUCAGGCCGGUUGGGCGAGAUAUACGGUCAUAAGAAUCUAUUUGUUAUAGGAUACGCCUGGUUAUUUGUGUUUACACUAAUAGCAGGUAUCAGUUCAUACUCGAACUCAUCCAUAUUUUUCAGUGUUUGUCGUGGAUUACAAGGACUAGGAUGUGCUAUUCUUCUGCCUAAUGGCCUGGCCAUCUUCGGCAUGCUAUAUCCAGCAGGAAGUCGUAAGAAUAUUGUAUUUGCAUUGUUCGGGGCUGUGGCUCCAGGAGGAUUCGUGCUAGGGGCUAUAUUCUCUACACUACUGGCCAAACAUCGAUGGGAUUUCACCUUCUACGUCGGCUCUAUUGUAUGUUUUUUGCUGACAAUCGCAGCAUAUGUGAUUAUCCCCAACUACGAAAACAAGUCGAAUCACGACAGACAGCCUUUUGAUAUACUGGGCGCUCUCACUGGUAUUGGUGGGUUGAUGCUGUUUAAUGUAGCAUGGAACCAAGGUCCUGUUGUGGGGUGGUCGGACCCCUAUGUAUAUAUCCUGCUGAUUCUGGGAGUGCUACUGUUUGUAGCAUUUGGAAUAGUAGAAACAAGAGUAUCGCAUCCACUUGUACCUGUAUCGACCAUGAAGUCGUCGACAAUUCUCAUUCUGACGGCCGUGGCCUGUGGAUGGGCCUGUUUCGGGAUCUGGCUAUAUUAUACAUGGCAGCUGUUCACAGUUCUCCGACAACAAACUCCCCUGUUAGCAGCUGUUGAGAUGCUGCCAGCACUUUUUGGCGGGUUUCUAGCAUCCGGUGCCGCAGCGUUCUUGUUCCCUCGUAUCCCUGUAUCCGUUCUCAUGGCCAUGGCACUUGUCGGGUUCUGCGUCCCGUCAAUCCUGCUGGCCACUAACAGAGUCCACGAGACCUACUGGGCCGCCAGCUUCGUCGCCACUGUCAUUGCUCCCUUUGGUAAGUGUUUUGGGGACCUGCCUCCGGCGGCUUGGGCGCUGCCCCAGACCCCGUUGUGCUCUGCUUCGCAGAGCGGUUUGGACUGUGGCGGGUCAAACAACUGUGUUUUUUAUGUGUCUAACUUUGUCGCAGGUAUGGAUAUCAGUUUCCCUGCUGCCACGAUCCUGCUCAGUCUGUCCGUGCCAAAAGAAAGCCAGGGAAUUGCUGCCUCGCUCGUGGCCACCGUUGUCAACUACGCCAUCUCUAUCGGACUCGGAAUCGCGGGAACCGUCGUCCGUUACACGACUCCCGGCACCGACGAGCAGUCUCUUCUCAACGCCGUUCGCUACUCGGCCUACCUCGGCAUCGGUCUAAGUAGCCUGGGCCUGAUAUUCGCGCUCAUAGCCGUCUGGCAAGACCGCAAAAACCUCUCACGACCUCACUAA